CACCAUCCUCACCCGGCACCAUGUCGCUCCUCCGCGCCUCGGCAGCCCGCCGCCUGGCGUCUGCUCGCCCGCGCCUCAGCGGCGUGAGCGGCCUUGCCACACACGCUCCGGCCGCGCCCGUCGCUGCGGCGGCCGCGCACCCCUCGCGCCUGCCGCCGUACGAGGCGCUCCUGGCGCAGCUGCAGCGCGUGCGCGCCAUCCUCGGGCGACCGCUCACGCUCGCCGAGAAGAUCCUCUACGCGCACCUGCGCGACCCCGAUGCGACGCUCGCCGAUGCCUCCUCGUCCAAGGACCCCUCGCGCGUGCGCGGCAAGCUGUACCUGCCGCUGGCCGUCGACCGCCUGGCCAUGCAGGACGCCAGCGCACAGAUGGCGCUGCUGCAGUUCAUGACGUGCGGCCUGGCGCAGACGGCCGUGCCUGCCAGCGUGCACUGCGACCACCUCAUCCAGGCGUUCGAGGGCGCCGAGGCGGAUCUCAAGCGAUCCAUCGCGUCCAACAAGGAGGUCUUUGCCUUCCUCGAGUCUGCUUGCAAGAAGUACGGCAUCGAGUUCUGGGGGCCUGGCAGCGGCAUCAUCCAUCAGAUCGUGCUCGAGAACUACGCCGCUCCCGGCAUGCUCAUGCUCGGCACAGACUCGCACACGCCCAACGCGAGCGGCCUGGGCUGCCUGGCCAUCGGUGUGGGCGGUGCAGAUGCCGUGGACGCCCUGACGAACACGCCGUGGGAGCUUCAGGCGCCCAAGGUGCUCAACGUGCACCUUUCCGGCACGCUGUCGCCGUGGUGCACGCCCAAGGACAUCAUUCUGCACGUCGUCGGAGCCCUCACGGUGCGCGGCGGCACCGGCCACAUUCUCGAGUACACCGGUCCCGGCCUGGCCUCUCUCCCGGCGACCGGCCUCGCCACGAUGGCGAACAUGGGCGCCGAGAUGGGCGCGACCACAUCUGCAUUCGCCUACACGCAGCCGAUGGGCGAGUACCUGACUGCGACGGGCCGAGGACACGUCGCGCGGGCCGCUGCCGCCGCGGCUGGCGAGCUCCUCACCGCCGACGCCGACGCCGAGUAUGACGGCCGUCUCGAGGUCAACCUGGACACGCUCGAGCCCACCAUCAACGGUCCCUUCACGCCCGAUCUGGCGACUCCGCUGUCGCAGUUCGUGGCGCGCGCCAAGGCCGGCGAGAUGGGCGCCGAUGCGCGGCUGAGCGCUGCGCUCAUCGGCUCCUGCACAAACUCCUCUUACGCAGACAUGGCACGAUGCGCCUCGCUGGCGCGUCAGGCUCGCGACCAGGGCCUGAAGGUGCAGACCAGCUUCGACGUGACGCCGGGCAGCGAGCAGGUGCGCGCCACUGUGCAGCGCGACGGCAUCCAGCAGGACCUGCAGGACGUUGGCGCGCGCGUGCUGGCAAACGCGUGUGGACCUUGCAUCGGGCAGUGGGACCGGCGGGAGCUCAAGGGCGAGGAGAAUGUGAUUCUCACGUCGUUCAACCGCAACUUCCGCGGGCGCAAUGACGGAAACAGCAAGACGAUGAACAUGCUCGCCUCCCCGGAGAUCGUCACGGCCAUGGCCUUCUCGGGACGCCUCGACUUCAACCCCAUGACGGACUCUCUGCCGCUGCCCAACGGUGGAUCGUUCCGCUUCCAGCCGCCGUCUGGCGAAGAGCUGCCGACGCGUGGCUUCACGCCGGGUGACGAGACGUACCUGCCGCAGCCCUGCCCAGCGCCCGUGCCCGAGACGCAGAUCGCCAUCAGCCCCGACUCGACGCGGCUCGAGCACCUCGCGCCGUUCGACAGCCCCUUCAGCGGCGGCAACUACGAGCUUCCGUCGAUGCGCUGCCUCAUGCGCAUCCGUGGCAAGUGCACGACGGACCACAUCUCGGCCGCUGGCCCCUGGCUCAAGUACAAGGGUCACCUGAGCAACCUGGCCGAGAACACGCUCAUCGGCGCUGUGAACGAUGAGGACGGCGCCGUCAACUCGGCGUACGACUGCCAGGGCGAGGGCGACGCGCGCAAGGACACGAUCCCGGGCAUCGCAAAGCGCUACCGGGACCGCAAGCAGCCCUGGAUGCUGGUCGCUGACCACAACUACGGCGAGGGCUCCGCGCGCGAGCACGCCGCACUCCAGCCGCGCUUCUUUGGCUGCAACCUGAUCCUCGCCCGCUCGAUUGCGCGCAUUGCCGAGACGAACCUGCGCAAGCAGGGCGUCCUGACCCUGCUCUUUGCCGACGACGCGGACUAUGCCCGUAUCGCGGCUGGCGACAUCGUCGAGACGGUCAACCUCGGCGACCUGCUGCGCCCCGGCGGAGACCUCAGCACGCAGGUCCGCGUCCGCGUCACGAAGCCCUCGGGCGAGAGCUUCGAGCUCGACACGAAGCACUCGCUGUCGCGUGCCCACCUGGACUGGAUUCGCUCCGGCUCGGCCCUCAACCUCAUCCGCGAGCAGGCUCAGCGCAGCUCGGGCAGCGGUUCGCGCUCGGCGGCUCCUGCCGGCGCGCGCGCCAUGAGCUCGUUUGCCGGUGCUCGCCGCGGCUACGCAACGGCCGCCUCCGGCGGUGCCAGCCGCCUGAACCCAAACGACCCGCGCUACGUGGCGCCCGCCGCAGACGGCCGGACAGACUCCAUCCGUCGUGCCGUCUACCCUGCUGUCGUGACGACGCGGGCCGAGGCCCAGGCGUCGGCGGCUCAGGCACUGCAGAAGGCACUGCCGUACCCUGCAGAGGUGCACGAGACCAUCACUCGUGCCUGGCUUCUGCACCGGCGCGAGCAGCGCCUUGCGCAGGCUGCUGACCUCGCCGCCAAGCGACAUCGCAUGGAGGAGGCCUGUGCCGACCUCAAGUCCACGUCGCCGACCCUCUUCAAGGCUGCGGCCUACCGCGUCGCGCCGAACCGCCGUCACCCCGACGAGCAGGCCCGCCUCGUGCGCCUCGGCCUUGUGCCCGCGCAGGCCGGUCAGGGCGCCAAGGAUGAUGCACCCAUCGCCGGCCCGGAGGCGCGCCGGCGUGCCAAGACCCUGGCGGGCGCGCGCCUGCACGGCCUGUUCCCGCGCGAGCUGCGUGCGCCGACGCAGACGCCGUCGCGCAAGGGCUGGCCCUCGUUCGAGGCGUUCAAGGAGGACCAGGCCUAAUGCCGAGGCCUGCCUCUCCGCGCACCUAUGUCACGCUAGAGCCUUGCAGAGAAUGCACCCUUUCUGCCCCCGUCUGUCUGGCACCGUGCAUUGCUAGAGGUCCCAGUCGAGCUCGGCGUCGAUCUCUUCUUGUGUCUUCUCGCCGCCGCGGAUUGCGCUCUUCCGCCCGGGCUCCUCGUCGCCGUUGUCGUGCUCGUCGGUGCGGCGCCCGAACUGACUGUCGAUGUGUGUGGGCUCGCCAGGCACCUCGGAGCGAUCGAGCACGCCGACGGCCGUGAGCAAGAGCUCGAUGUC